AUGGGUCUGGACGACUCAGUGACGCCGCAGGAGAUCGCCGCCGCCAUUGCGCGCAACGGAGAAUGUCUUGCGGAGGAUGUGAAGGUCGGCGACAUUCGCAAAAGCAGCCCCAAAUCCCUGGGGUCAUGCUGGGUUCGCGGCCCGGUGAUGUCGGUGAAGAAGGUCACCACGGAGGGGCACAUCCGCCUUGGGUGGGUGUCAGCGAAGGCGGAGCUACUGCGGCAAAGACCACUGCGGUGCUUCCGGUGCCUACAAAAUGGGCAUGUGAGAGGGCAGUGCACCCAAAAGGAGGACCGCAGCGGGCUCUGUUACCGGUGCGGAGAAAAUGGGCACAAAGCCGCAGUGUGCGCCGCGGCCCCGAAGUGUGCAAUUUGCGCAUCACUGGGUCGGCCGGCGGACCAUUGGGUGGGGAGCAAGAAGUGCACCCCGCCCAAGAGGAAGGGAUUGACACGGCCCGCCUCUCAGGCACCAGGUCGUGGUAGCAGGAACGAGGAGGGGAUGGACACCAGCUCCCCUCCUAGCGAUCAGGAGGCAGGGGCGGCCCAAGUCGCCCCUAGAUCGCUACCGGGCCGGGGUGACGACCGCGGGGGCGGUUCCACCCCACCACACUAG